ACAUGAUCAUGUACGCCGAGCUGCGCGCGAAGCUGAAACCCAAAGGCAACAGCAGACCAGAGACUUCCUCUUCCGGGUGUCAACACAGGUGCUCAGCCUGGUUCUAUGUGGCGCUGGUCCUGGGAGUCCUUGUGCUCGUUCUACUCGGAAUCAUAGCCAUACAAGCCAAGCAAUUUUUGAAGGGCAGAGCAGGAAAAUCAGAGGGUUUGUCCCAGUAUAGUCUGAAUAGCAGUGGCAAUCACAUUUCUUCAGAGAAGACCUUCCCCGCAGUGCUCCUGAAAUGGCUCAUGGAGGAACUGUGUGAAGAUGGACAGGGAACUACAUGUGAGCUCUGUCCUCCCGGGUGGCAGCUGCACAGGGGCAGAUGUUACUACUUCUCUGAGGAGGCUAGAAGCUGGGAUGACAGCCAGAAAAAGUGUCUGGCCAGGAAAUCCCAGCUUCUUGUCAUUGAAGAUGAAAUUGAGAUGGAAUUUAUAGACAAUAAAGAGAAAGAUCCCAAAUAUAUCUGGAUUGUGUUGAAGACUCAAGACAAGGAGAAACAAUGGAGUUCAGUUGGAGAUCAUGGAGUAAAAGUAAACAGCAGGAGAGCUCUAAAGAGAAUUGAGACCAACAAGAACUGUGCUGUUUACAGAAGGAAAAAUGUGAUCCAAGCAGACAACUGUCAGACAUUGAAAAAGUGGAUCUGUAAGAAGAACGCAACUUUGCUGGAGUUCUGAGCUAAAUUUCCAGACAACAGGCAGUCUUCUGUCAGAAGACCCAUUUUACUGACAAACCAACUUGCAAUGUAAAUAAUUUUAAUGAGACUUGUGUGGAAUAUUGCUGUUUUGUGCUCCCUAAGAAGUCAGAAGUUGCCAGGUGUCAGCGGUGACAGGUCACAGGACUGCAAGUUGGCACCUGUAGAUUUGGGGGUGCUGAGCCUUCAUAUGGACAGACUUUGGAAGGAGCUGCCUCUAGGAAAGGGCAGAGAAGAAGGAUGAAGAUGAGCACUGUGCAGAUGAGCUGUGUGAUGUGCAGGAAAAGUGGCAUCUGCAGGGGCUGAAGAGUGUGCUGGAGCCCACUGCUGUCAUACAUGUCCCUCAGGCAGCUGCUGAGCUCAGGACUUGUUAUUUGGGUUUCAGCAUUUUAGUGUUUUCU